UGGGAAACGAAGUUCGUUCCGGUUCCAUUAAUUAUCCAAGAAUAUUUUCUCCAACAAAAACCUCCUAAAAAUAUAUUAGAAAAGGAAAUAUAUAUUGGCAUAGCAUAUCGAUAUACUACACUCGAACCGUACUUUGUUUUGGAAUUGUGUCGAGUCGGAAAAAUUACGUAGUAUGGAAAAAAGUAAACAGUGUUUUGAUCAAUUUCAAAAGCGGACUAAAUGGACAGAGCAAUAUAAAAUACAAAACUGGAUUAGCAGUCUGGUUACGAAUUUAAGGCUUUUAAAUUUCGUUAUCCAAAAAGCUAUACCCCUGAAGUCGCGUGUGGGAAAUGAAAAAUCAAUCGCACAAGCAUGCAUGCUGCCUAGUUCGCUAAAAAUGAAAAGCACACAUUUCGCGGUCCUAAUAACUAUACUCGUUUUUGCUAAUGGUGCAAAUGUGGGCCUAUGUUCCAUUUUAAAUGGUGACAGUGCUUCUGUGAAAACACCCUACGAAACCCUAGAAAACAUUAAAAGUAUUGACUUAAGACGGAUCUCGGUGUCGUCAUCACAAAAUCAAGCAAGCCUGCGAAUUCGGAGGGAAACCGUAAACCAAAUCCGGAUUUACGGUAUACGAUUGGAAGACGGUUCAACAGAGACAAACGAUGGCAUACCUAGUGUAUUGACUGCGAAAGACCAAAUGUUCAGAAUCUUUGGCCAUGGCUUACAGAAAAAUACUGUUAUCACGUUCACCAAUGAGGAGAAUGAUUACGGAGGUCCUUGCCUGAAGCCGGCCACUGACCUCUUCACUCCCCUAGAAGUUUCCAGCGAUGGAUUUUCUGCCACAUACAAGGUCAUUUUUCCAGCGGCCAGUAGCCUAUAUUACAUAUGUGCUAAAAAUGCCGAAGAUAUAAAAGAUCACAGCACAGCUGUAACAACCACACCUCUUGAGCAUCAGGGGAAUUCCAAAUGGCUAAGGAUACAAACGCAUGAACCAUUCUUACCCAUAUGGGUGGCAAUAACGAUCAUCGUAGUUUGUCUAUGCUUCUCAGCCUUGUUCUCAGGGCUAAAUUUGGGCUUGAUGGCCAUGGACCGCACCGAAUUAAAGAUACUGCGAAACACUGGCACGGAAAAAGAAAAAAAAUAUGCAGCAAAAAUAGCCCCCGUCAGAGAUCAAGGUAAUUAUCUGUUGUGCAGUAUUCUCUUGGGUAAUGUGUUGGUUAACUCAACCUUUACCAUUCUACUGGAUGGUUUAACUUCUGGACUUUUUGCUGUUAUAUUUUCCACACUGGCCAUCGUACUCUUUGGUGAAAUAACGCCUCAGGCUGUGUGCUCACGACAUGGCUUGGCUAUUGGAGCCAAAACCAUAUUAGUAACAAAAACAGUAAUGGCCAUAACAGCGCCCCUCUCGUACCCUAUUUCUCGUAUUCUCGAUGCGCUGUUGGGUGAAGAAAUUGGCAAUGUUUACAAUCGAGAACGAUUAAAGGAGCUUGUUCGUGUCACCAACGAUAUCAACGAUCUUGAUAAAAAUGAAGUGAAUAUCAUAUCGGGCGCACUGGAGCUACGCAAAAAGACAGUUGCAGACGUGAUGACACACAUUGAUGAUGCUUUUAUGCUUUCAUUGGAGGCUGUGCUUGAUUUUGAAACUGUAUCCGAAAUCAUGAACUCGGGCUAUUCCCGCAUUCCCGUCUUCGAUGGAGAUAGAAAAAAUAUUGUCACGUUGCUCUACAUUAAGGAUUUGGCAUUUGUGGAUACCGACGACAAUACGCCACUGAAAACAUUGUGCGAAUUCUAUCAGAAUCCGGUUCAUUUUGUAUUUGAAGACUACACCUUGGAUAUUAUGUUUAACCAAUUCAAAGAGGGUACAAUUGGUCAUAUCGCAUUUGUGCACCGCGUUAACAAUGAGGGCGAUGGGGAUCCCUUUUAUGAGACCGUUGGCUUGGUUACACUCGAGGAUGUAAUUGAGGAACUUAUCCAGGCGGAAAUUGUCGAUGAGACGGAUGUCUUUGUUGAUAACCGCACUAAAGUGAAAAGAAAUCGUUAUAAAAAAGCAGACUUUUCAGCAUUUGCCGAACGCCGAGAGAUUCAGGCCGUGCGGAUAUCUCCACAACUAACACUGGCCACCUUCCAGUACUUAAGCACAGCUGUUGAUGCGUUCAAAAAAGAUGUCAUCUCGGAACCAAUACUCCGGAGAUUGCUCAAUCAGGACGUUUUCCACAAUAUCAAAUCCAAAGGAAAAAGUAAAGACGAUCCCAGUCUGUACAUUUUCACACAAGGCAAAGCUGUCGACUUCUUUGUACUUAUAUUGGAAGGCCGUGUGGAGGUCACUAUUGGAAAGGAAGCUCUCAUGUUCGAGAGUGGCCCAUUUACUUAUUUUGGAACCCAAGCAUUGGUCCAAAAUGUAGUUGUCGAUUCUCCAACGCAAAUGGGAUCUUUACAGUCGCUGAAUAUGGAUUCGAAAAUUCGACAAUCCUUUGUGCCUGAUUACUCUGUUCGCGCUAUAACAGAUGUGAUAUAUAUUGCAAUUAAACGUGUGCUAUAUCUAACUGCGAAAAAGGCCACAUUGUUGGAUAAAAGUCGUAAAUCGGGAACAUUUUCAAGUGAGACAUUCGACGAUGAGGUGGAACGUCUGCUGCACUCGAUAAGUGAAGAUGAAAAGCCACGUUACUUAGCGGCUAACCAGAGCACCAGACGUUCGUCUAAGCCGAACCGAAGUUUAACUUCGUCCCCAACGAAUAUUGAUUUAUCACACGAUGAAAAGAGCAAUAGUCCCAGUGUGCACAUUCAAGGUGAUCAAAAGAUUGGCAACACUGAACCCACGGAGGAUGCCUCAAUGAGUAGUUUAGUGGCCUCAGAUGUAGGAGAUCUUCAAAAUGGUGAACAGGAUGAUAGAGAUGCAACCGCUGCUUCCACGCCUCUUCUUUCAAAACCAGAAGAGCCGCCCAAACAAUAAGGGGCUUACCAAAUAAAAAAACAACAUUUCAAGCACAUUUUUUUGUAUGAGCUUAUUGCAGAUAAUCAAAUUUCCCGUAACUAUCCAUCACAUGUUUAAUCCGUAUUCGAAAGAAGCCUGCCUGUUUCCGUAAAUAUUGUUCUUAUAUAUGAUAAUAUUGUUUGUUCUGUUCUUUCUUUUUUUUAUCCGAAUUUAGUCAAUCGUUUUGUAAUGUAGAAUUAUGUUGUGUUUACGUUUGAAAAAGGUAUUAAUUAAUUGGGACCUUUUUGCAUACAUUUGAGAAAUCAAUGGCUACAUCCAACUGUAGUGCAUUUGCCUAAUAGUGAUAAGCAAAAAUAACAAAUAUUUAUAUACAUAAAAUGUACUAUAUGUAUAAUGUAUUACCUCUUAAAAAAUACGUACUUAAGAUGUUAAUUUGGCUCCGUUUCUUAUCCUCACUUCCUUCCCACAAUAUUUCGAGGUAAUUGUGUUUAAAUUGAUUUAAUGCUCAAAACUGCAUGUAUGUAUCUUUAAAAGCUUUAAUAGCCUGCAAGUAUAGUAUCCUAAAUCAUGCCUAUAAUUAAAUUAUGUUACUGUCACUUCAAUACUGUAUUAAAAAAAGCAAUCAAAUCAGCGAUUGUGGAAAAACAAAACCCCUUUUGUUGGCAAUUAUUUAAAUUUAAAUUUUCAUAAACCACCUAAACAUUAAAAGUAAAGCCACAAAUCGAUUUAACAUACAUAACACACGCAUAUACUGUAAAAAUAGAAAUCGCUAAGAACAAAAUGAGAAAAAAUAAACCCAAGAAAUGCAUUGAUACUUCA